AUGAAGGUGUACAGGAUGUACCUAAGUGAUCACAUGCAGGGUGUUGUGGUGGGGCAGCUUGGAAAAAUAUCCGUUCACAUAAAGCGCAGACUAGGAACAAGAAAGGGAGUGGGCAUUGGGAAUAGCUCUAACUUUUCUGAGCAAGUAGUUGAAAGCUUUCCAUCUGAUAUCUCUACUGGUAUAUACUAUGGAUGGGCCUGUGUUGGAAAUGGAGAUGUGCAUAAAAUGGUUUUGAGCAUAGGAUGGAAUCCUUUCUAUAAGAAUGUUAAGAAAUCAGUGGAAACGCACAUUAUUCACACCUUCAAAGAAGACUUUUAUGGAGAAAUUCUUAGUAUAGUCAUAACUGGAUAUAUUCGACCGGAAAAAAACUUUGAUUCUUUAGAGGCGCUCAUUUCAGCAAUUCAGGAAGACAUUGAAGAAGCAAAAAGACAGCUAGAUUUACCAGAACAUCUUAAACUGAAAGAAGAUAACUUCUUUCAUCUGCCAGGAGGCAAAAUAGCUACCAACCACUGA